AUGGAGCCAGCCCCUGAGGCGGAGGAGGCGCGCACGGUGCGCGAGGCGCUGGGUCGCUACGAGGCGGCUCUGGAGGAUGCGGUGCGCGCGCUGCACGAGGACAUGCAAGGGCUGCAGCGCGGGGUGGAGCGGCGCGUGGCCGAGGCGCUGCGCCUGGCCGGCCCGCUGGCGCGCACCGUCGCCGACCUGCAGCGCGAUAACCAGAGGCUGCAGGCGCAGCUCGAGCGUUUGACGCGCCAGGUGGAGGCGCUGGGCUUGGCGGCCGGGCUGUCCCCCACGACCAGCACGCCUGGCACAUCCAGCCCUCCGCCCGCGCCCAGGGUCCCGGAUCGCGCGCCCCGUCUGGGCACCGCACGCUUCGCCAGCCACGCCACUUUCUCGCUGUCCGGCCGCAGCCAGAGUGUGGAUCAUGAUGAGUCCAGUGAGCUGGAGACAAGAAGGACCUCAGACUCAUGUGUUGUUGAGAAUGGGCACCCGCCAGGGGCAGGCUCAGGUGACGGAUCCCCUGAGGCUUUCCAAACCUUCUCGGCACCAGAGCCCCCCAAGCCUCGUCCUGUGAGCCUCUCAUUGCGGCUGCCCCACCAGCCGGUCACUGCCGUCACCCGUGUCUCUGAGAGGUUCUCUGGGGAAACCUCUGCUCUGUCACCCACAUCUGCUGCUGUCCUAGGGGGCUUCACUCCAAGCCCCAGUGAGACCACUACACCCUGGACCCCGAGCCCGAGCGAGAAGAAUUCUUCUUGCACGUGGUCAAUGUCCAAUUCUGGCCAUGGAGCGGUGACGUCAGGCAGGGGCAACAGCAGCCCGCCUCUGGUGACGCCGCCCCAGUCACCCCCAUCCCCACAGCCGCCAGCCACCACCCAGGUCCAUCGUCAAGGGGAGCGUCGCAGGGAGCUGGUGAGGUCGCAGACGCUGCCCCGCACCUCAGGUGCACAGGCGCGCAAGGCAUUGUUCGAGAAGUGGGAGCAGGAUACAGCCAGCAAGGGCAAAGGCGAGACGCGGGCGAAGCUGAAGCGCUCGCAGAGCUUCGGCGUGGCCAGCGCCAGCAGCAUCAAGCAGAUCCUGCUCGAGUGGUGCCGCAACAAGACUGUUGGCUACCAGCACGUGGACCUGCAGAACUUCUCCUCCAGCUGGAGUGAUGGCAUGGCCUUCUGUGCCCUGGUGCACUCCUUCUUCCCCGAUGCAUUUGACUACAACGCGCUGAGCCCCACACAGCGGCAGAAGAACUUCGAGCUGGCUUUCACCAUGGCUGAGAACCUGGCGAACUGUGACCGCCUCAUCGAGGUGGAAGAUAUGAUGGUGAUGGGCCGUAAGCCGGACCCCAUGUGUGUCUUCACCUACGUGCAGUCGCUGUACAACCACCUGCGUCGUUUUGAGUAA